AGGGCUCUUAAAAGCACUCGGGAGAGAGGAGCGAAUCGAGGGCCAGCAAGCGGCUGAUGCGGUCUGCCUGUUCACACUGCUGGCCAGACUGUGCGCCCACGGACAGUAUCCUCAUUACCGCCGAGACUGAGCGAGAGACAACACCAUGCUGGACAGCCAAGGGACAAAUAAGGCUAAGUGAGGAAAAACUCCUUUUAUAGUUUCCAAAGCUCAGAGACACCACUGACUGUUUAAACACUGAUUGUUUAUCUUUUGUCUCUUGAUAUUUUGGGGGACAAUUCUUUCUGUGUAUUUGUGUUUUUGUGUUUCUCACAAGCUCAUUUGAGUUUCCUGAACCUCAGACGUUUUUUGACGCCUCCCUGGAAAGGAUCCGCCCUCAGUAGCGGGCUGCGGUAUCAAAUUUUUAUCAGCUUCACCCAUCUGAGUAAACCUACCCUGAACUUGGACUGUAACUUAGACACAAGUCCCCGCCGUCGGCCAAUGGCUUAGCUUACAGUGGAGUGAAUGGGACAGGAGCAGCGCAGCGGGUUGUGUCAUGCAACAUAUUUAUACUGACAACGGGCUAAUCAAGAAGUCUGGCUUUCUCUGCGGGUCAAUCCAUCCCAGCCAAGUGGUCUGACAACGGGUUUUUCUCCUGGCUUGUCAAUAAUUAAUCACUCAAAGUUCAACAGGGAAGGCUACAGGAGGAAGGAGAAAGGAAAUUAACAAGGAGGAACGACAAUGCCUGAGACGAAUUACUGAAACAUAGUCAGAGAGUCAAGAGAGAAUUUAGACCGAAUUUAGGAGCUUAACCAUCCGUUUUUUAAUCAGUCGGAAGCUGAAGGGGGAGUGAAAGGAAAGAAGUGGAGAAAAGGCUUGUUAGGCAAGACCACAGGGAAGAGUGGGAUAGGGGAACGGGGGGCGUCAUCUUUGACAGCAGAAACACCAGCAGCAAAAAUCGGGUCCAGGCUGUGGCCGGGCGUGGGAAGCAGAGAGGACGGAGGGAUGGUGAACACGGGCAUGCAGCUCAUAAGCUUCACUUGCGCCGUGACCGGGUGGAUUAUGGCCAUCGCCGUGACAGCGCUGCCCCAGUGGAAGGUGACGGCCUUCAUCGGCAGCAACAUCCUCACGUCGGAAAUCGUGUGGCAGGGCAUUUGGAUGAACUGCAUCUAUCAGACUACAGGCCACAUGCAGUGCAAGACUUACGACUCCAUGUUGGCCCUCCCACCGGACAUACAGGCUGCCCGGGCCCUGAUGUGCCUGGCCAUCUUCCUGGGCUGGCUGUCAUGCACUGUGUCCUGUUGUGGAAUGAAGUGCACCACCUGUGCCGCGGACGAUCGCCAUGCCAAGGCUGGCAUAGCUCUCUCCGGCGGGGUGCUCUUCAUCCUCACGGGCCUGUGCGUGCUGGUGCCCAUCUCCUGGACCGCCAACUCUGUGGUGCGGGACUUCUAUAACCCCAACGUGCCCCUUGUGCACAAGCGGGAGCUAGGCCAGGCCAUCUACCUGGGCUGGGCAUCUGCUGUUAUCCUCAUGAUUAGCGGGGCAGUGCUAAGCAGCACCUGUCCCCACCUUGAGAGAGAGGGAGGCUAUCGCCGUGGAUACAUAGCACGGAGUUUCACCAGCACUCGGCCCUCUGCCCCUGACCCACCCAAACCCAUCUCCAGCAACAGCUUGCCCCUCAAGGAGUAUGUCUGACGUGAUGGAAUGUAAGUGACUAUAAAGGGUUUUAGCAGGGAAGGUUGAUAACAGGAUUACAGUAUGUAAUGAAUUAAUGAUAAGGGAGACAUAUGAAACGUUGUAAUAUACAUAUAAGCUUAGGAUCGAGUCAAGUAUUAAGGGGAUUUGAAGACCUGCUGCAGUCAGUCAAUCCUGGUGGGCUGCUACCUCUAUUUAUUCCUUCCAUUAAGUUUUGAAAUAAGCAUGAUGUGUAGAAAUGCAGUUUUUUCAUUAAGUAUUUAUUUGAAUGACUUACAUUUCUCUUGAUGUCUGUAUUGUUUCAACUGUUUAUUGCCAUGCGUUUUGUAAUAUUAGCAUUAUUCUUUCAGUGAGACAUUUAUUGAGUUUUCUGAGUGUGACUAAGAGCACUGCUACGAAAAAUAUGACAGCACAAAAGCUAGAUCGCAGUGACGUAUGUUUUCGGACGUACAUGUACGUGUAUUGUUGACACCAUUUAAACCUUUGUUUGUGUGAUGUGUGCUACUGAGUGAGGCAAAUGGUCUACUUGUCUGCAUUUAUUCACUAUGUGACAUGAAAAUCUGACCACCUUUGAAGACACGAAUAAAGAAUGUGUGAGUUAAAGAAGGAGACUAGUGAUUCUCUCACCUAACCAUUGGAUUGGAACAAGUGGAUCAUGAUGAAAUGAUACAGGGUUGAAAGAACAUUUCAUAGUAAUUCACUUUUAACAAUGAACAUAAGCCUUGCUGUUUGAAGUAAAAUCAAGGGAAAUGUGUUUUUAUGACAAAAUCUGUGGUAAAGGUCAUCUAAAUU